UGUUAAAUGCAUAGUCCAGGGGAUCAGCACCCACCAUGGCGUCAGGCUGCAAAAUUGGCCCGUCCAUCCUCAAUAGCGACCUGGCCUGCCUGGGGGCCGAGUGCACCCGGAUGCUGGAUUCCAGGGCCGACUAUCUGCACCUGGAUGUAAUGGACGGGCAUUUUGUUCCCAAUAUCACUUUUGGUCACCCUGUAGUAGAAAGCCUUCGAAAGCAACUAGGCCAGGACCCUUUCUUUGACAUGCACAUGAUGGUUUCUAGACCAGAACAGUGGGUAAAGCCAAUGGCUAUAGCAGGAGCAAAUCAAUAUACCUUUCAUCUGGAAGCUACUGAGAACCCUGGAGCAUUGAUUAAAGACAUUCGAGAGAAUGGGAUGAAGGUUGGUCUUGCUAUUAAACCAGGCACUACAGUUGAGUAUUUGGCACCAUGGGCCAAUCAGAUAGAUAUGGCCUUAGUCAUGACAGUGGAACCUGGCUUUGGAGGGCAGAAGUUCAUGGAAGACAUGAUGCCAAAGGUUCAUUGGCUGAGGACCCAGUUCCCCUCUCUGGAUAUUGAAGUAGAUGGUGGAGUAGGUCCUGACACGAUUCAUAAAUGUGCAGAGGCAGGAGCUAAUAUGAUUGUGUCUGGUAGAGCUAUCAUGAGGAGCGAAGACCCCAGAUCUGUCAUCAAUCUCCUGAGAAAUGUUUGUUCAGAAGCUGCUCAGAAACGCUCUCUGGAUAGAUGAGAUUUCCAGGCAAAUAUCCUCCUGUGCCCAGCCCACCUCCUCAAUAGACCAGAUUAUUCAGCCUCAUUUUCACCUGGUGCACAAGAACCCAAGGAGCUCAAGAAUCAUGCUGCUGCAGAGGUGGGGCCACUGUCUGUCCCAAGCAGUUAAGCCUUCAUCUUGUUGACUUCAGCAUAUAUACCGAUAUGCUGAGGUCAAGAAUGGAAAUAGGUGCAUAUGUGAUAAUUACUAGGUUUUUAAAGAGUUGGGAAUUAAAUUUUUAUGUGGCCUAAAGUACAGAGUUUUUACUAGAAGACUUGAUUUUUUAAAAAAAAGAAUAUAUUAUGUUGCCUUGUCUUAAGGUUGAAAAAAAUUUUGUCUCAGAGGCAGAAGAAAAAAACAGCAGCUGCUAACUGUAAAAGGACUAAAAUGGGUAAUACUGCUCCUCUUGAAAGUAUUCUCAAAUGUUUCUGCAUCAUUAUAAAAGGUUUGCUUUACUCAUUA